UUCCCAAACUGUUGCCACAAAGUCUUGGUAUGCUGAAGCGUUUCGAUUGCACUUCAUUGGAGCCUGGCUUACAAUCUCUAUUCCAGUUCAUCCCACGGGUGCCUGAUGGGGUUGAGGUUAGGGAAGCACUGUAUGUCCAUUUCCUUAGAGAGGGAAACGUCACCAGAGGAGUGGACAACAAAUAAAUAAGUCAAUCAGCUGUGGGAUGGAGUCUCUCUCUCUCUCUCUCUCUGGUGAUGGAGACCUUGGAGAACAGUGAACUCUGUUUCCCACAUCUCCUCAACGCCUCCUGCAGGAGGCCAAAGCGUUCUCACUCGGAGGCCAUCUUGAUUUACGUCCUGCUGUCUUCCCUUUCUCUGCUCACUGUGUUUCUCAACCUGCUGGUCAUCAUCUCUAUCUCCCACUUCAGGCAGCUCCAAACUCCCACCAACACCCUCCUCCUCUCCCUGGCUGUCUCAGAUUUCCUCGUUGGUUUCCUCAUGUGCUUUCAGAUUAUGCUCAUAGACGGCUGCUGGCUCCUCGGAGACGGUGUGUGUGUUGUGUAUCAAUAUUUGUCAUAUAUAAUCACCUCUUCCUCAAUAGGAACCAUGGUGCUCAUAUCUGUUGACCGCUAUGUGGCUAUUUGUGAGCCUAUGUUUUACUCCACUAAAAUCACACAUAGAAGGAUUAAAGUCUGUGUUGCUUUGAGUUGGUUUUGCUCUUCAUCCUUCCAAAGUCUAAACCUAAGUGAUAAUCUGCAACAUCCAGGCAGGUAUAACACUUGUUUAGGAGAGUGUAUCAUUGUCAUUAACUACAUUGCUGGACUUGCAGAUCUUAUUUUGACCUUCGUUGGUCCCAUUACUGUUAUUAUUGUGUUGUAUACAAGGGUCUUUGUGGUGGCUGUGUCUCACGCUCGUGCCAUGCGGUCCCAGAUUGCAGCCGUCACACUAGUAACUGUUAAAAAGUCAGAGAUUAAAGCGGCCAGGACUCUCGGAGUCGUCAUAGUUGUGUUUCUAUUCUGUGUCUGCCCAUUUUUCUGUGUCACUCUUGUCGGCGAACAAACUGUGCUAAACGCUUCAUCUUCAGCCUUUGUAAUAUGUCUGUUCUACUUAAACUCCUGUUUAAACCCUGUGAUCUAUGCCUUCUUUUACCCCUGGUUUAGAAAAUCUGUUAAAGUCAUUGUUACACUGAAGCUACUGCAGAGAGACUCCUGUGAGGCCAACAUGCUGUAGAAAGGAGCCUGACCCUAAAAGUGAUGUGUAUUUAAUUAUAUUUAUGAAUGUCUGAACCACAAAUGUAAAGAAAGCAGACAUGAUACAUUUUUGCUAGAGAUUGCUAGAAAGCUUUUAUUCUUCGCUGCCACCUGUGAACCAGAUUAUGGUAUGUAGCCGCAAACACGUACAGGUACACAUCGUUCUUUCCAACAUUAACAUCAUGCCAGUUAGACUAGUUUUCUUCGAUUUAGUUACUUAAACAUAUUUCCUAACCUGCCAUUUAAAGUGCCUCCCAGAAAAACCCCCAUUUGGAGGCCUGGUUGACCUCUCAAUUCUUGCUGCGGUAAAGGGGUAAGGUGAAAUACCUUACCCCUUUACCGCAACAAGAAUUUAGACACCCGAGGCUUACAGUACAUGUGCAACGACAAGGGGUGAAGUGGGAUUGAGCCCCAGGUCUGAGGAAGAGGAAUUUGCUGAAUGUUUAAGCCGCAUAUGUAUUUACUGCUGUGACACUGUACAUUACUCUGUAAAGGGACCAAUAAAAGGACUCAUCUUAACAUA